UUCCCUGGUAACGCUCCUAGCCUCCUUUCCCCCGCCCCUCCUCCUCUUCCCGCGAGAAGAGACAGUCCCGUCCUUCCGGUAACUGUAGACGCACGAGCGGGUAGAUUUCGCUGUCGCGCUUGCUUUCGCGCAUGUGCAGUGGAGAGUGGCGCGAACCCGCCGCUUCCGGCCGAAGAACACGAUGCAAGGGGAGCCAAACCCAAGUGCUUCCCUUAUUGACAGAACCAUCAAGAUGAGAAGAGAAACAGAAGCUAGGAAGGUGGUUUUAGCCUGGGGACUCCUAAAUGUGUCUAUGGCUGGAAUGAUAUAUACUGAAAUGACUGGAAAAUUGAUUAGUUCUUAUUAUAAUGUGACAUAUUGGCCCCUCUGGUAUAUAGAGCUUGCCCUUGCAUCUCUCUUCAGUCUAAACGCCCUAUUUGACUUUUGGAGGUAUUUCAAAUACACUGUGGCACCAACAAGUCUGGUUGUUAGCCCUGGACAGCAAACACUUUUAGGGUUGAAAACAGCUGUUGUACAGACUACUCCUCCACGUGAUCUGGCAGCAGCCCAAAUCCCCCCCUCUCCACCUUCUUCAAUUCAGGGUCAGAGUGUGUUAAGUUAUAGCCCAUCUCGCUCACCCAGUACCAGCCCCAAGUUCACCACCAGCUGUAUAACUGGAUAUAGCCCUCAGCUGCAGGGUCUGUCGUCAGGUGGCAGUGGUUCUUACAGCCCCGGAGUGACCUACUCACCCAUCAGUGGUUAUAACAAGCUGGCAAGCUAUAGUCCCUCUCCUUCUUCUCCGUAUCCUACCACUGUUGGUCCAGUGGAGAGCAGUGGAUUGAGAUCUCGCUACCGUUCCUCACCUACCGUCUACAACUCCCCUACUGACAAAGAAGACUACAUGACUGACCUGCGAACCUUGGAUACUUUCCUUAGAAGUGAAGAAGAAAAACAGCAUAGAGUUAAGCUGGGAAGCCCAGAUUCUACGUCGCCGUCCACCAGUCCUACUUUCUGGAACUACAAUCGUUCUGUGGGGGAUUAUGCACAGACUUUGAAGAAGUUUCAGUAUCAGCUUGCCUGUAGGUCUCAGGCGCCAUGUGCUAACAAAGAUGAAGCCGAUCUCAGCUCUAAACAAGCUGCAGAGGAGGUUUGGGCAAGAGUAACUAUGAAUAGACAACUUCUUGAUCAUAUGGAUUCAUGGACAGCUAAGUUCAGAAAUUGGAUCAACGAGACAAUAUUAGUGCCGCUUGUGCAAGAGAUUGAGUCUGUCAGCACGCAGAUGAGGCGAAUGGGUUGUCCAGAGCUGCAAAUAGGAGAGGCUAGUAUUACUAGCUUGAAACAGGCUGCUCUGGUCAAAGCUCCACUCAUUCCAACUCUGAAUACAAUCGUGCAGUAUCUAGACCUCACUCCAAAUCAGGAAUACUUGUUUGACAGGAUCAAAGAACUUUCUCAGGGAGGCUGUAUGAGCUCGUUUCGAUGGAAUAGAGGUGGAGACUUUAAAGGUCGCAAGUGGGAUACAGACCUGCCCACGGAUUCUGCUAUCGUCAUGCAUGUAUUUUGCACCUACCUUGAUUCCAGAUUACCUCCACAUCCUAAAUAUCCUGAUGGAAAAACAUUUACUUCUCAGCACUUUGUUCAGACACCAAAUAAACCAGAUGUGACAAAUGAGAACGUUUUCUGCAUUUAUCAGAGUGCUGUCAACCCUCCCCAUUAUGAGCUCACCUACCAGCGCCAUGUCUACAAUCUUCCAAAGGGCCGAAAUAAUAUGUUUCAUACACUGUUGAUGUUCCUCUACAUUAUAAAAACCAAAGAGUCAGGAAUGCUUGGGAGAGUUAAUCUUGGCCUCUCUGGUGUGAAUAUUUUGUGGAUUUUUGGAGAGUAGUGGAUAAUUUAAUUCCAAACAUUUGGACUUCAUUUGACUGAAUCAGAAGUUGAAUCUAAGCAUCUGAGUCACUGCCUCUUCUGAAAUAAGAUACUAUGUGUAUGUUACAAACUCUUUAGAUGUAACAGAAAAUAGCUAGUGUGAAACAUAUUCUACACCAAGAAAAAUUACCUUCAAUUUUUUAUCAUUUCAGAAAAAACUACAACCCUUCAGAUUUUUGUUGACACAAAACAGUGUGGUUACCCCUUAAUUAAUUUGAGUCCUUCUUCAUUGUAACCGCCAAAUAAGAAUCAUUCACCAUAUUGUUCCCCACAAAAUUGUUUUUUCAAUUGAAUUAUUUAGUAUAAAUAAUUAAAAAGAAACAAGCAAAUUGCUCAUUUUUUUUAAUGUCUAUAUUUCCCCAGUGUUUGGCAAAUCAGCGCAAGGCCCAGAUUUAAAGAAAUGAGAUAAACUUCUAAAUUAUGUUAAUUCUUUGUAUUUUAAUAAUAUUAUUGAAAGAGAUUUGAUGUUUAAAAAGUCAGCUCUCUAUGAAGUUCGCAAAUGCUGCAUGGUCUUCUCUGUGAUGCCUUCCACUCUAGUCUUGCCUUGCCUCUCUCCUUCCCUGCCCCAGCCAGACUGGCCCUCCCAGUGGCUCCCACGCACUCCCACUGCCUGAGACAUUCCUGCCCCACUCUUGGUCUUUCUGACCCUCCUCAGCACCCUUCUAAGUUCUGUCUAAACGUUGCUUUCCCAGGGGACUAUCCCCUCCCCAUCCCCUUUCCAUUCCCACCACCGCCACCCAAGUCCCCCAGACCCUCUGACUGUUACCUCUCCUGGUACCUGUCAACUUAGCUUCUUAUCACCAAGAAGUGGUUUGAAAUCACAUGUGCACAUGUAUCUCUUUAUGUCUCUUUACACCUGAACUGUUCAAUUACAGCAGCCACCAAAGGCUAUUAAGCACUUGAAACACACCUUGUCUGAAUUGUAAUGUGCUGUGAGUGUAAAAUUACAUCAAAGACUUGAUGUGACUAAAAGACCGUAAACUAAACAGAAAAAUGAAAAGUCAACUUGGGUUAAAUUUAGCUGAUAGAAUUAAACUAUUUAGGUCUUAGUGAAGAGACUGAAGACAUCAAGAAAACAAUUGCCUUGGUUUUAAUAACUCAGUUUCACUAUUCCCUAAUAUUGAGUUCCCUUCUUUAAGAUCAUAUUCUAUCUUAUCUGUUUAAAUUUCUUAGAUGUGUUCAAAAUAUCUGGAAAGUAGGAAAUUACCAAAUUUGUAAGUUUUGCUUGACUCUCCAUCUAUUUUUUUAAAUGUAUAAGUAGUAUAUCUAAGGCUAGCUAGCAUCUGUAUAUGUUUUCUGGGUUGACAUAUUAGAGACUGCUUUACCUGGGAAACCAGUAUCUUCUCAAAAAUUCCAUGUCAGUGUUAUAUAUGCUGCUGCUUUUGUAUAAUUUGUAAAUCUUGUUCCUGUUUUUAAAAAGUCAGAUGUCCAAAAGAAAGGAGGUUUCUAUCUUAUAACUGCUUUUGAUAUGUGCUAAAUUUGUUAGGAUAAAAUACCAAUUAAGCAUGUUAAAUAUAAGAACAUUUUACAAUCUAAGUCUACCAUUUCAAAAGUUUGUGUAUCUACUUCACAAUUAUAAAAAAUAAAAGAUAAUAUGUCAUUUCUUAUAUUAAAGUUUAUGUGUCAAAAAUGCAACAUACAGUAAAUAUUUCACAUAAAGUAAUGGUACUUGUUAAAAAAGGAAAGAUUUUGUUUGCCUACUAAGGGUUGUAUGGGUUACUAUACUCUGGGUAGCUUUCAUAUAUUAAUUUGUCUUCACAGAUGUUUCAGCCAACAUAUACUUACUAUAGCUUUUAUUAAAAAUAUUUUAAUGAA